AUGCAGCAAAGCUUUCCAAGUGAGGACCGUGGACCCUUCAUUGUCAUCAUCAAUGGUACCGUGACCGGGUUCGCAGCGGCCAUUGUUGUCCUGCGAUUCGUAUCCCGAGCUGCGAUUGUAAAGCGGCUAGGCUUGGAUGACUGGACAAUGAUGCUCGCCACGGUCACGGCCAUUUUGAAUGUUGUCAUUGCAGGUCUUGGAGUCGAAUAUGGCACAGGGAAACAUGAUGGCAUUCUCCCGAAGGCCGAUGCGUUACCAGCAGCCAAGAUUCGCUACGUCACUCACGUAAUAUACACCCUCAUUACUGGCCUGAUCAAGACGUCAAUCUGCCUAUUAUACCUGCGCCUCUUCCCGAAUCUUCGCAACAUCACUCUAGGCACCAUCACUUUCAUCGCCGCCAUGAGCAUCGCCAUUAUCCAUGCCACCAUCUUCCAAUGCUCUCCAGUGGAUGCGGCUUAUAACCCCCAAAAAUACGAUCAUUAUACGUGUUUCGCAUCUAUUCCAUUUUGGUAUACCACAGCCGCACUAUCACUGGUGACGGAUUUGUGGAUCCUAGUUUUACCAAUUCGGACAAUUUUAGGCCUACAAAUCGGGCAGAUGAAACGCGCGGUCGUCAUCGGGCUAUUAUCCUUGGGAACGUUUGCCUGCAUUGCCAGCAUUGUUCGAAUGGUGUACAUCAUCAAGCUUUAUGAGAGCACCGAUCCAAGCUGGAGCACAUUCGGCGUGUCCGUGUCGUCGGGUAUCGAAGUGGCUAUCUCCAUCAUUGCCGCCAGUUUGCCGAGCACCAAGCCAGUCAUCGAUCUGAUCUUCCCAAGACUGUUCUCAACCACCGCCAAGUCCCAUACCACUAGCGGAAGAUUGUCUCCCAUUCAGACCUCAGGCCGCAGUCAUCGCCAGCAUGAUGAGAUCUCGCUUGUUCAUUUGACUAUGGAAUGCGAUUCUGGGAAGGAUAACUCUACGACCGCAAUGUCUCAUGCUUAA